UUCAAAGCUUUAGUUUUAACUACGCACAAAGUGUGGAAAGUCUUAUGUUAAUGAGUUUAAUUUAGUGAAAAAUAGUGGAUUUGUUAGACUACGUUCACACACAAAGACUUUUAUCGUCCGCCCCGCGUUUUUGAUUGCAAGGGGCCACGAAAAGAGGCGAAGGGAUUCCUAACAAUUUGCUGCAACCUAGUUUGACAUUAUUUUUUAUUUGGUAUUCUUUCCAGACUACUACUUACCGAUCCAAAUAGGGUUACAGCCAUUGGCCAGAAAAAAUUCUGUUCAAAACCGGCAAUGUUGAACCCGUUGUGGGAACUUCUUUCGAUGGUUGCAAUUGCGCUCGGUUUCAGUAGAAUAUUUACAAUAUGCACGAAAACUAGAUUUUUAAAAUUAAUUUUUUGUAGAUAGUAUGCAAAUAUGUAUAAACAUUUGCUUAUGAAACAUAUAUUUGUGUAUCACUCAUAUGAAGCGUACUAGAAUUUGCGAAUAUGAAGGGAAAUGGAAUGUAGAAAAUUAUCCUAUUCAAGUUACCGGAUUCGUGUCGCUAGUGUGAAUAAAUGUUUCGAUGAUAAGCACAAAAGCCUUCGUGUGUAAGCGCGGUCUUACUUAUGAAUGGCUGAUAAUAUUGUUAAGUUUAUAUAUAAAUAUAAUAAUCAUGAAAACAUAGAAUGUGAAGCAAGUAUUAAUAUUGAGCUUCCUUUCGAACGUGAGGAUGAAUGUCUGGACGAGUUAGUUACCCGCCUAUUAAAUGACAUGGAUGUAAUGCAGCGUUACCUGGAUGAACACGAAAAGGUAAAAACAGCACUGCGAAAGUUCAUAAUAGAUGCGAAUCAAAUUUAUUUGGAUAAGUUUGCCGAACGACUAUUUGAACAUGCAGGGAAUAAUGAGCUCGACUUGGAAGCAGUGAUACGUAAAACGGAGCGGCAAUAUAAAGAAGAAAUAAUACAAUUCGCAGAUCGCAUUGGACCAAGCGACGAGGAUAUAUUCGCUCAAAGUUUCCAUCGGCUAGUACACUCAUCUUCACUGGAAGAGAUUUUAAGACGUGAAAGGGCUUACGCGAAAGUUAUUUCAGAAAUGAAUGCUCUAAUGGACGAGGAAGUUGAAACUCUUAACACAACACAGCAAAAAGAAAUGGAUAAUAAAAUAAAACAAUUGGACAUAACCACAACAUCGGAUGAUAUAAAUAACCUAUUAGCACAACAAUAUAGCACCCAAAAUUAUAUAAGACAACGCUACGAGUCUGAGUUGCAAGCUAAGCGAGGACAUCAACGCAAUGAAUAUCGAGAUUGGAUUACGUGCCAAGUGGGCAAAAUAUUUGAGACAUCUCCGGCGGCAACUCCAUUAGGAAAUCGCUCAUCUAUGUUUAUAUCACAGCAGCCGUCGAUGGAAGAAAGUUUCACAAUACAUUUAGGCUCUCAACUUAAGCACAUGCAUAAUAUACGUAUAUUAAGUGCAGAUGUUACAGAUCUCUGCAGUCCUCUGCAUAUUGAUGAGAGUUUAAAUGGCCUAAACAUGGCAUUGGGCUUGUAUUCAAGUUCUCUUUGUGGCGUAGUUGUUCUUACACCGUCUAUCCAGGCACAGGCCAAUAGGAGUAUUAUUAAAAACGCCAACAUGUCCACCGAGUUUCAUUUCGAACAGAUUGACAAUCAGCUGGAAAAGAUAGAAAAACAAAUAUGCAAUUUAAGUGUUAAUGAUUCCACGUCACCAAGUGUGAACAGCAAUAGUUCAGGUGGAAAUAAUGAUAUACUGUUGAAUACAGGUACAGUUGGGUCUGGUAGUGCAGGAGGCUCUCCAACAAAAAUGGCCACCACAAAGCUAAAAACUGGUGACUUCUUUAUUACCAAGCAUUCAAACCUUUCGCAAUCGCAUGUUAUUUUUCAUUUGAUUUCCGACGAACCCAUCAAUAGUCCUAGUGAGAUUAAUUCUCGUCAUCCCGUUAUAUUGGGUUUGCGUAAUAUACUAAAGACAGCUAGCCGGCAUGAUGUUACGACGCUAACAAUUCCUGCGCUGAUGCGUCAUGAAAUGUCAGAGGACAUGACAGUUCAGUGGUGCAUGCGGAGGGCUGAGCUGGUGUUUAAGUGCGCCAAGGGCUUCAUGAUUGAAUCGGCAUCGUGGGGUGGUGCGGAACUGAGCACAUUACAAUUGCUUUUGCCACAUGAUAUUUCAGAGGAACUUUUUACCACAUUAGCGGGCAUGGUGCCAAAUGUAUUUCGAGUAGCCAAUCCUAAGAUACUUGUAGAUAGCAAUAAAUGA